UUAUUCGCUUACUUACCUUCUCCGGUAUUGUAUCUUAUUGAAAGUUUCGAACUUAAUUUUUGCAAUCUGGCUUUUUCAAAGUUAAUACCAAAAUAUCACAGGCCGAAUUGCUUCGUCUCAAAGUCCGAUAAAAUAUAUUUGAAAUACAUUUUCGGGUUUUAUUCUAUGUACCAUAAGAGUUACACUUAGAAAGGGUAAUUUCCGAGGUUUACGACUGAAAUAAUUUUUUUUGCGAAAUUCUGGUUUCGGUAGAACGAACAAGAAGAGAUCAAGAUGCCUGAGUACGAAGAAAAUUGCGAAGAAUUGUUCUCAUAUGGAACAGAAAUAGGCAGAUUCAGUAAACAGUUGAAACAUUCGAGUUAUGGAUUUUUCCAUCAUCUGAGAGGAGUUUCUGUUGUUUAUGGAGACAUCAAUGUGCUCACUGAAAAGGCUAGGACUUACGUUGAGGACAAGAUCGACCUGUGCAAACCGGAGAACAUCCACAUCUGCGAUGGCUCAGAGUCUGAAAACAGAGGUCUGCUUUCCUUACUUCAAAAACAAGGUACCAUAGAAGCGCUUCCCAAAUAUGAAAACUGCUGGUUAGCAAGAACCAACCCAGCUGACACCGCCAGGGUAGAAUCCAAAACCUUCAUAUGCACCGAGAAGAAAUCAGACACCAUCCCAACACCCGCGGAAGGCGUCAAAGGUACCUUGGGAAACUGGAUGUCACCGUAUGAAAUGGACAAAGCGGUCGUUGAACGCUUCAACGGCUGCAUGAAAAAGAGGACGAUGUACGUCAUCCCCUUCUCCAUGGGCCCAGUCGGCUCGGCCCUAUCCAAGAUUGGCAUCCAGAUCACCGAUUCCGCCUACGUCGUUGCAUCCAUGAGGAUCAUGACCAGAAUCGGCCAAGAAGUAGCGAGGGCCAUGACGGAGGACACAGAGUUUGUCAAGUGUCUGCACUCGGUUGGAACGCCAGCUAACGGAGUCGUAGAUAUGCCAAGUUGGCCGUGCGAUCCUGAAAGGACUCUCAUCCUUCACAAGCCACAAAACAUGGAAAUAGUAUCGUACGGAAGUGGAUAUGGGGGAAAUUCUCUGCUAGGGAAAAAGUGUUUUGCCCUGAGAAUAGGAUCCACGAUUGCUAAAAGAGAAGGAUGGCUGGCAGAACAUAUGUUGAUCCUUGGGAUUACCAGAAACGGCGUAAAACGCUACAUAGCUGCAGCUUUCCCGUCCGCUUGUGGCAAAACCAACUUGGCUAUGAUGACGCCCACUCUGCCAGGAUACAAGGUAGAGUGUGUUGGCGAUGACAUAGCUUGGAUGCGUUUCGACGAAAACGGACAACUUAGGGCAAUCAACCCUGAAAAUGGCUUCUUUGGUGUAGCUCCUGGUACUUCCAACGCCAGCAAUCCUAUAGCUAUGAAGACCAUAUUCAAGAAUACGAUCUUUACGAACGUGGCAAAAACCAGUGAUGGGGGAGUAUAUUGGGAAGGUAUGGAGAACGAUAUUGAUCCAAACGUGGAGAUCACUGAUUGGCUAGGAAAACCGUGGAACAAAAAGUCCAGCAAGACCCCAGCUGCCCACCCUAAUUCAAGGUUUUGCACGCCUGCAAGCCAAUGUCCCAUAAUCGAUCCCCAAUGGGAAUCUCCAGAAGGAGUACCAAUUUCUGCAAUUCUCUUCGGUGGAAGAAGGCCAACUGGCGUCCCCCUAAUUACUGAGGCUAAAAACUGGAAGCAUGCAGUAUUUAUGGGCGCUUCAUUGAGGAGUGAAGCUACUGCAGCAGCUGAACACAAGGGCAAAGUUAUAAUGCAUGAUCCCUUCGCAAUGAGACCAUUCUUCGGUUAUAACUUUGGUCACUAUUUGCAACACUGGUUGAGCAUGGAAAAACGCACAACGAAUCUCCCUAAAGUUUUCCUGGUUAAUUGGUUCAGGAAAAAUAAUGAAGGUAAAUUUUUAUGGCCUGGUUUCGGAGAAAACUGCAGAGUAUUAGACUGGAUUUUGAGAAGACUGGAUAACGAAGACUGUGCCUUGAAAACCCCGAUAGGGUUCAUACCAAAAAAAGGGUCCUUGAAUUUCAACGGGCUAUCGAACAUCGAUUUUGAUGAACUUUUCAGAAUUGACCCAGAAUUUUGGAAACAAGAGAUGAGUUCGAUAGAAAAAUAUUUCCAAGAGCAAGUUGGAGAAGAUUUACCCCAAGCAAUCAGUGAAGAAUGUAAAUCUUUGAAGAAACAUUUUGAUAACUACUAAAACAUUCCUACAAAUGAUUUUUGAAUCAAUUAAUAUUUCAUCAAGUAUUUUUUGCAGAUAUUUUGUACAUAUUUAGGAGUAAGCCUUUUUUAAUACUAGAAAUUUAUGAACCUAAUGUAUUAAUUAAUAAUAAAUUCUUAUAUUAUAUCUAUAGAGAUAUGUGGUCUCAAAGUCUCAAUAUAUUUUUAAUCGAAA